CUGAACCGAACGAGCACCGAAAGGAGUCGAACACGAGAUUCAAACGUGUUUGAGUUUCAUGUGUUGCCAUGGAUACUCGCUCUGCCCCCCGUUUCCUCUAUUUAUUUAUUAGCACUUUUAUUACCUAAAGCAUUUCGAUGUUAUAAAUAUGUACCUCGCUUCAUAAAAAUCCUCUCCGUCCUCUUGCUAGUUCGCUGCCCUUUAGUUAACGACUUGUUUGUUAAAGAAAAUAAACCCAGAGUUAAAUGGUCCAAUGAGAUGCACCUGACACGACGGCGUAGUAAUCUUACUGCUUCAAGAAAACUGAAUACGAGCCAUUUUCUAAAUAUUUUUCUGGUGUGUAUGUUUACAACUGAAAAGUGGUUACACGCUUCGCUUUGUUUCAGGAUGUGCUUACAAAGUUCUCAAUGUACACUACCCAUAAAAUUGAGCUUCUUGGGACUGACCCUUUUAAUCACCAUUUUAUGGGUAUUACUGCUGAAUAUAGGAUGGUGGUGGUCUGCCAGCUACCGGUUCCAAGGUCUUUCCUUAAAGCCAAGAUACAGAGGCAGUGUGGUUAGGAAUUCCAGUGGGAUCUGGCAUUUUCAGAUGGAUACCUCGAAACCACCCUUUGAAGAGGCUUCUGUGUUAUCUGGAGAUGCCAGAUGUCCUUCUGGGUUCUACAGCAUGGAGGAGCUCAGACCUCACAUAGAGAGACCUCAGGAGGAUCCUGAAGGACCUGGAGCUGAUGGAAAGCCCUUCAUCACUGGCAUCUUGACACCUGCAGAGCUCAGGGAGAAGCAGGAGGGUCUUUCUAGAAAUGGUUUUAACCAGUUUGCCAGUGACCGCAUCUCCUUCCACCGCAGUCUUGGUGUCGACACGCGACCCCCCGAAUGCAUUGAGCAAAAGUUCAGCAGAUGUCCGAGGUUACCCACUACCAGUGUGAUCAUUGUGUUCCACAACGAGGCAUGGUCCACUCUUCUCCGCACCAUCUGCAGUGUCUUACACACUUCACCAGCUGUUUUACUUAAAGAAAUCAUACUGGUAGAUGAUGCAAGUACUCAAGAUCAUCUUAAAGCCCCAUUAGAGCAGUAUGUCCAGUCUCUUGAGAUUGUGCGUGUCCUGAGGCAGCGUGAGAGAAGAGGUCUAAUUGCCGCCAGACUGAUGGGUGCACGUGAGGCUGGAGGAGAGGUGCUUGCCUUCCUGGACUCCCACUGUGAGUGUUUCUAUGGUUGGUUGGAGCCCCUGUUGGCCCGGUUAGUUCAGGAACCUACCACAGUUGUGAGCCCAAGAAUUGCUGUCAUCAACAAGAACAAUCUACAGUUCAUGAAGCCAGUGAUGUCGACCCGCACACAUACUCGUGGGAACUUUGACUGGAUCCUGAACUUUGGCUGGGAGACUAUUCCUGAAGAAGAGAGGGUGAAACGCAAGGGUGAAACCUAUCCUGUCAGGACACCCACUAUUGCCGGCGGGCUUUUUGCCAUUUACAAGCAGUUCUUUGAACACAUUGGAGCUUAUGAUGACAAGAUGGAGUUUUGGGGAGGAGAGAACAUAGAAAUGUCAUUUAGGGUAUGGCUGUGUGGAGGCAGUCUAGAGAUCAUUCCCUGUUCUGUGGUCGGCCACAUCUUUCGCACCAAAAGUCCGCAUUCCUUCCCAAAAGGCAUAGAUGCGAUUGCAUGCAACCAGGUUCGCCUCGCAGAAGUCUGGAUGGAUGAUUACAAGAAGAUUUUCUACAACAGAAAUAAAAAAGCUGCUGCCAUUGCAGCAGAGAAAUCAUAUGGGGACAUCAGUGAGCGCCUGAAGCUCAAAGAGAGGCUGCACUGCAAAAAUUUCUCCUGGUACCUAGAAAACAUUUACAACAAGGUCUUUGUGCCCGAUUUGAACCCUGUGCUGUUUGGAUCGUUGCAGAACAUUGCCACAAACACUUGUCUUGAUAUUGGUGAGAAGAAUCUUGGAGGGAAGUCAGUGAUUUUAUUCAUUUGCCACAACAUGGGAAUAAAUCAGUACUUUGAGUACACGUCACAGCUGGAGCUGAGGCAUAAUAUUGAUAAGCAGCUGUGUCUGCAUGCAACAAUCGAGCCUGAACCCGUGCGAGUGGAGCUGUGCAACUUUCAAGGUGUUGGAACCAUCCCAGCUCCACAGCAGACAUGGAGUUUCAUUCUUGUUUCCCAACAGAUAUAUCUUCUCCACAAUGCUCUUUUUAGUAAGUGUUUAAUGGUGGAGUAUGGCAACAUCAUCAUGAAAAACUGUGACCCUGCCAACAAUUACCAGCAUUGGUCUUUCAUCUGAUCUCAAGUCAGAUUAUCUGAUUCUUUUUUUGCAAUACUCCACAAAACAGACGUGCAACGAAUAGUUCAACAAAUGCAGCAUUGCUGUUUUGCACCAAUGUAAAGCUGUGCAAUAUAUCUAAUGUUCUUAAUUGAUUUGUUGAUCUCAGUCAAAUGAAACUGAAAUGAUCAAAUGCACUAAAAUCAUUGUACACUUUUAAUGAACAAUUUUGUUAUUUACAUUGAACGCUGUUCAGUUGUAGCAUUUGACUGAUGUAUUUAUUACAUGAAAGAUGAUGAAUUAAAAUGCAUUUUUGUAAGCAACUUGUGCAAUGACUUGAUGGAAUUGUCUACUUUAAAAUCCAAUUAAGUAUGUACAUUAACGCACGGUGGCGCUAAUGUAAUAGAA